AUGUUUAACCCGAAUGUCCAUGCACAAAAUAUGGAGCAUUCUCCUGAACAAAGGACGCUCCCAGAAGAAGUUAAAGAAAUCUCACUACAUUUGGCACAAGGCAGCCAGUGGAAGAUUUGGCUGCUGUUUGUUCCAGCCAACUCCCUGUGUCCCUGUUCACCACAUGUUGAUGCAGAUGUUACGGCGUUGGUCCGGGAAGUGGAGGAAGCUCUUCAGUUCAUGCACAAUAAGUUUCACCGUUCGUUGGUCCAUGUGGUGGUGUGGAGUGGACCUGAUGACGACGGCAGCUCCUGUGAAUGCCCCCGGAAUGAGAACUUAAACCAGAGGUUGUAUCGAGCUACACUUCUCCAAACACUACAGGAAUCAUUAGAAACUAUGAUGGUGGACAAACAGUGGGACAGUGAUGAUUUCAGCGUGAUCCUGCAGCCUCUCCCAGUCAUCUCUGAGUCUGUCAAUUCGGUAUCAGAUGUAAACAACAUAGCCAUUCAGCUGUUGACUAAUAUGCUGCAGGUGCCGUCCGCUGCGGGGUCACAGGUCACGGUCACGGACGGCUCUUCCCUGCACUUCGUCUGUCCAUCCCCGGACCGGCCGUACCUGCGCACACAGAUAAACUCACCUGUCCAGAAGGAGCAGAGGGCUCAUGGCGCUGCACCUGUCGCUGUGGAUCCGGAUUAUGGGACAGAGAUUCCCUGCACAUACCGCAGUCCCUCUCCAACUCCACCCACCUCAGUGCACAUGGUCAGACCUGCAGAUGUCAAAGUGGUCGCUGCUGUCGGAGACUCGAUCACGGCGGCCAAUGGUGUGGGUGCAAAGAACGACAAUAUUCUGUUGGUGCAAACUCAGUACAGGGGGCUGUCAUGGAGCAUUGGUGGUGAUGGAAACAUCAGCACCGUCACAACCCUGCCCAACAUCCUGAGGGAGUUUAACCCUGAUGUGACGGGCUUCUCUGUGGGGCAGGGCUCACAGAACACGCCCCAGUCCUUCCUCAACCAGGCCGUACCAGGGGCCAAGAGCGGUGAUAUGGUGGCGCAAGUGCGAGUCUUGAUAGAGAAGAUGAAAACUGACUCGAGAAUCGAUUUCCACAAUGACUGGAAGGUGAUCACUCUGUUUGUGGGAGGAAACGACAUCUGUGACUUCUGCACGGAUUCUUUAGUUUUCUCUCCCCGGAAUGUGGUUGAGCGCAUUCGUGCGGCUCUGGACAUCCUCCACGCGGAAGUUCCUCGGGCCUUAGUGAACCUGGUGGAGAUGUUAAACAUUGUACCUCUGAGGGAGCUGCACCAGGACAGCACUCUGGGCUGCCCCACCUGGUUUGUCAAUUUUAUUUGUUCUUGCAUCCUGAAACCAAAGAUGGGAUCAAUAGAGCUCCAGAAGAUCGAAGAUUAUAACAAAGCCUAUCAGAAAGGAAUGAGAGAUCUGGUAGAAUCCGGACGCUACGACACACAUGACAACUUCACCGUGGUGCUGCAGCCCUUCUUCAGAGAGGUGUUCCUGCCCAAACUACAGGAUGGUCGCCCUGAUCGCUCGUACUUCUCUCCUGACUGUUUCCACCUGAGUCAGAAGGCCCACACGCUGAUGGCUCGCGCUCUCUGGAAUAACAUGCUGGAGCCGGUCGGCAACAAGACCUACACCCAAGAUUUCACCCAGGGACUUGAGCUGAAGUGUCCCUCUGAGACCAGACCAUUUUUGAGUACCGCUCUCAACAGCAACUAUACAUUCUCCGGCCUUCCACCCACUCCCCCUCCUAUAACAGACUGGGGCAGUGAUUUCGCCUGCGUGGAUACAGCCCCAUCACAGUCUGUACCCACCUCAGCUCACAGGGUACGCCCGGCUGACAUUAAAAUCGUGGGCGCUCUGGGAGACUCACUCACGGCUGGGUUCGGGGCCAAGGCAAAGAACCUUUUCGAGUUGGUUACAGAAAACAAAGGAGUGUCCUGGAGCAUCGGAGGUGAUGAAUCUCUGGAGACCGUCACAACUUUACCAAACAUCCUCAGAAAGUUCAACCCUGGCCUGAUCGGCAUGUCCACAGGAGAGGGGAACCUAGUGCAGAACAAAUUCAACAUGGCUGUGUCUGGAGCCAAAAUAGCGGACGUCCCAGCUCAAGCCAGGCGCCUCAUUGAUGCCAUGAAAAGUGAUCCUGCUGUGGACUUUGAGAACGACUGGAAGCUGAUCACCCUGUUUAUCGGAGGCAACGACCUGUGCGGCUACUGCAAUGACAGAGCUGCAUUGUCAUCUCAGAACUACAGUCAGCACAUGAUGGAGACCCUGGACCUUCUUUUCAAUGAGGUGCCCAGGCUCCUGGUGAAUGUGCCGGAAAUCCUUCAGAUUGAGGGCCUCCGCAGAGUGAAGAGGGACAGUUUUGGCUGCAGUGUGGUACAACAGUUUAUGUGCACGUGCGUCGUGGCUCCAAGUGACGACUCUCCAGAACUGUCGGAAAUCAAACGUGUGAACCAAGAGCUGCAGGUUGAGACUGAGAAGCUUGUGUACAGCGAACGCUAUGACGGCAAGGAGGAUUUUGCAGUGGUGGUUCAGCCUUUUUUCAAAAACUCCAUAGUUCCUCUGAGCGCUGAGGGCAUCCCUGAUACCACAUACUUCUCUGAGGACUGCUUCCACUUUAGCGUGCGUGGACAUUCCAGCAUGGCCACCGCUCUGUGGAACAACAUGCUGGAGCCUGUGGGGAAGAAGCAGACGUACAACAAUUUCUCAGACGCCAGAAAUGACAUAAAGUGCCCCACUAAGGAUCAUCCAUACAUCUUCACUAAAGUCAACAGCCUGCCCUCUGAGCCCACCACCCUCCCCCCCGCCACAACCCACGUCCCCCCUGUGGCCCCUGAGUGCGUGGACACUGUCCCCGUGUGGCUCUCCCCUGUGCUGGCUAUAGCUGGACUGAUCAUAGGCUGUGCUGCCACAUGGCUCUACUUCACCCGCAGAUCCAGUAGGAACAAAGUGCAGAUGAAUAACACUAUGUUCUAA